UCAGUAUAUUGCAGUUCGUCUAAUACACAAAGAAAAAUCCAAGAUGGCUCGUACCAAGCAAACAGCACGUAAAUCUACAGGAGGAAAGGCUCCCAGAAAGCAGCUGGCAACCAAAGCCGCCCGUAAGAGCGCACCAGCCACCGGAGGAGUGAAGAAACCCCAUCGUUACCGUCCAGGAACCGUCGCUCUCCGUGAAAUCCGUCGUUAUCAAAAGAGCACUGAGCUGUUGAUCCGCAAAUUGCCAUUCCAACGUCUGGUGCGUGAAAUAGCACAGGACUUCAAGACCGACUUGCGUUUCCAAAGUUCCGCCGUCAUGGCAUUGCAGGAAGCCAGCGAAGCCUAUUUGGUCGGUUUGUUCGAAGACACCAACUUGUGCGCUAUUCACGCCAAGCGCGUCACGAUCAUGCCCAAAGACAUCCAACUGGCUCGUCGUAUCCGCGGUGAACGUGCUUAAUCAUAUUUGCGUAUACACAUCUACAAGUUUCGACAUCAAAUCAACACUACCAUGACAGAAACCGUUGUUCUCUCUGCUCCGGCACCAGUCGUCGCAUCGCCUGCUGCGAAGAAGUCUCCAGCCAAGAAUAAGUCCGGUGCUGCUAAGCCAAAGAAGCCAGCUGCGUCUCACCCGACCACUUCCGUGAUGGUCACAUCAGCCAUCAAAGAACUCAAGGAGAAAAAAGGUUCGUCUUUGCCAGCUAUCAAGAAAUACUUAGCUGCCAACUACAAAGUCGAUCCCGCCAAGAUGGCGCCGUUCAUCAGGAAAUUUUUGAAAGCCGCCGUCGCCAACGGAACCGUCGUACAGACCAAGGGCACUGGCGCUUCUGGUCACUUCAAACUACCGGUUGCCGAGAUUAAACCGAAAAAGGCAGCUGUAGUCAAGAAGAAGAAACCAGUCGUCAAAAAAGUCAAAGCCCCUGGUGCCGUAAAGAGGAAGUCGACGUCUGCCAAGAAAGUGAAACCCGCGCCCGGCGAACCAGCAGCUAAAAAAGUCAAAAAAGCUGUCGCCGCUAAACCUAAGACUGUCAAACCAAAGAAAUCUCCGGCCAAAGCGAAAAAACCUGCCGUCGCUGUCAAACCCAAAGCGAAGAAGACUCCAACCAAGAAAACAGCAGCACCCAAGAAGAAACGUGAUUCCAAAAGAAAUCGGACUCCUCCAGUCACCGAAUCAAAGAAACUCCGUGACAAGACUUUCUCGUCUCCACCUCUACGGGUUGCCGCCACACAACGGCUGCGUGAUGAACAGCCAUCGUCCGAUCCAUCAGACUCAGAAUCGCUAUCAGGCGUCUCUUAUGUCUCAACAGACAACUCUCAACCAACGGGCCUUGACCCUAAAUCAACAAUGGCCCGUACCAAGCAGACCGCACGUAAAUCUACCGGAGGAAAGGCUCCCAGAAAGCAGCUGGCAACCAAAGCUGCCCGUAAGAGCGCACCCGCCACCGGAGGAGUGAAGAAACCCCAUCGUUACCGUCCGGGAACCGUCGCUCUCCGUGAGAUCCGUCGUUACCAGAAGAGUACCGAACUGUUGAUCCGCAAAUUGCCGUUCCAACGUCUGGUGCGUGAAAUCGCCCAGGACUUCAAGACCGACUUGCGUUUCCAAAGUUCCGCCGUCAUGGCAUUGCAGGAAGCCAGCGAAGCCUAUUUGGUCGGUUUGUUCGAAGACACCAACUUGUGCGCUAUUCACGCCAAGCGCGUCACGAUCAUGCCCAAAGACAUUCAACUGGCUCGUCGUAUCCGCGGUGAACGUGCUUAAUCAUAUUUGCGUAUACACAGUAACACCACUUCUUAAAACGGCCCUUUUCAGGA